AUGAUGCUAAGUAACGAAAUGUUUUAUACGGCAGUGGCGAAAAAAGGAUAUGCGAUUGGAGUGGCACAGCCCGUUGCUACUCUCCUAGCUUUUGGAUACAGAAAGCACUUACCAUGGAAGGAAGAACUCGAUCUCAGAGGGCCAAUUCUGAUCGCAUCAAAGGGUAAGACUGCAACGAAGGAUGAGAUUGAGCACGAAAUUGCAAUAUGUCGCCAAUUUCUUCCGGCCCGAAGCGCUCAAAGAGAAUUUCCAUGCGAUUAUCCUUCUGGUGCGAUUGUGGGCCGCGCUCUUCUUACUGACUGUUUAUCCAAAGAGGAAUACGAGAAAACGUAUCCCAAAAGCGAAUGCGGCGAUGUGAAGGAGCCCUAUGUGCUGAUUUUCGAUGUGUUUGAAGCGUUACUGGUGCCGAUACCGCAUAUUCCCCCGUCUGAUGGUGUAUAUCAAGUGGACAAGCAGUUGCGAGCGACUAUUAAGCGGAUGCUUGAUCCGGUCUCUUUCCCUUAA